GAUGCGGAAAAAGUCAUUAUUAUCGCAAGAUGUCCGCCUACUAAUUGUGAAAAUAUAAAAAUGGGAUCCAAAACUUAUCUUAUUUAUCGUGGGAGAGUUCUUCCCAGGGUGCCACCUCCUAGCCCUAGCCGUCUCAAGUCGAUCGAAAGCUUCAUUUCUGAGUGUAGUCGACGUAGUAAACCUCGUUGGAAAGAUAAGUUAAGCAGAGCAGGUGCUUGGCGUUGGAAAUAAAAAGACGCCACUUUAUUCCAAAAAAAUGAGAUAAGUGGAGCCGGAAACACUUGGAGAAGUGAAUGACGUGAAAUUUCAAAAAUGGAUUAAGGAAUGUUUAAAAUUUAUGUCGGCUUUGGAAUAUGCAAUCGACUCAGGAGGAUAAUGCGAAAAAAGGGGGGAAAGGUAAAUUUACAAAAUUUCAAGAGACUUGCAAUGAUAAAUAUGGGAAUCAAAUGCAUUUAGUGACAGCCGAAGUUCCUUGCGACGGAAAGGUAAACGAGGUAAAGAUGCUGAACGACAAAGUACUGGAUAAAAAAAAUAAAAGGGAAAUGGAGAAAAAGGAAAAAGAGGUAAAGAAGCAAAAAGAGAAAGAAUUAAAAAAUGCGAAAAAACUGAAAUCCGAAAAGAAUAUAAAAAUUGUAAAGAAAACUGAACGUUCUAAUCCUUUAUUGGUAUCAGCAACGUGUCCUGAGCCUGUGCAAGUAAUUUGUCCAGAAUCGCAAUUCGAAAUUAUUCCAGUGGAAAAGAAAUCCUGGAUGAAAUGUUGUCCAAAAAAAUCGAAAGAAUCAAAAUCGAAAGAAAAACUAGUUUCGGAGGAGCGGACAAUUUCAAAAACUUCAAUAAAAAUUGAAAUUGCGGCACCGAGUACGGGAAGUCUCGCAGAAAAAAAACCAUCCGAGACAAGUCAAAGAAGUUCAAAGUCCUUAAAAAUGUCAAAAUGUGCGAAAUCUUCAAAAUCCGUAAAUACUCUGAUAAUUCAGGAAGAGAAAUUUUCACAGUGUGAGAUUUUCGAAUUUUUUCCAAUACAAAAGCCUUCAAUAAAUAAAAUAGCAAGGGGACGUGGUUGUGCUGCAGACUGUUCCAAAACUCCAAAACGAGAUUCCAGCUUGUAUGAAAGAAUCAAUGGAUGCCAAAGACCAAAAUCGAAGAUGGAAAUUUGUAAACCGCAGAAAGCGCCUAAAGAGAAAAAAUCAAAAAAAGAAAAGAAGCCAUCAUUUUCGGACGAGUUCACGGAGAAGCUGAAACAAGGACUCAAGAAAAUACAGAAAAAUGCUUUACCGUUUUUGAAAAAAAAAUCCCAUAGGACUGUCAAAAGGAUGAAGGAAGUUUACAAAAACGCAAAUAGAAGCAGAUCAAAAAUCGAAGUAAAUUGUUGCCUAAGAGACUGUGCAACCGAAAUGUCAGUCUGCGUGUCGAGUAUAAAACAAGAGAGUACAUCUUCUCUGGCAUCCAAAAAUAAUUGUCUGAAAAAGUCAAAACCACCAAUCGAGUCUUCGUGCUCCAACAAGUCCCUACGAUUAAUGGAACCAUAUUCGACAAACAAGGAUAUGAACAAAGCCCCGGAAAAAAGUCAAAAUUUAAAAAGCUGUAGAAAAAAGCAAACCAAAAAAUCUGACAGUUCAUUAAAACCAAUGAAUACCGAAUCUAGAUGCUCGAUCAAAUCAGAAUCCUCGAAGGAGUUUAAUCUGAAGAAAAGACGAAAAAGAUCAUCCUGUUGUUCCAGAAAUGACAGUCCAAAUAAUUCAAAAGAAGACAUAUCCUACAGGCCCUUCAGUAUUUGCGAAUGUUCAGGAAACGUCGGUCUCCCCACAGAUCCCUAUGAUCAGUACCCCAUGUGUUGCUGUCCGGAUGGAAUCUGUGAAAAUAAAAACCAAUCGAAAAAUUCAAAAAAGUCCAAAAGGAGCAAUCAAGAAAAAUCUAAUAGAAACCAUAAAUAAUAAAAACUUUCACCAACCAGUACCGAAA